UUCCCACUUUAAAUUAACCAAAUAAAUACUCUCGAACAGAAGCAGCCACAUUGGUUGCUGCUUCAUCUGCCAUUUCUGGCUUUUCUUCACGGAAAUCUAUGCGGAUGUCGACCGCAACAUCAUCAAUCAAUCCACAGUAAAUCUUCUUCCGUUCUUCGUGAAGAAAGAAAAAAAUCCCCACCAUGUUUAGCUCGGAAGCCGCAAUUUCCAGAGAGAUGAGCAGUAGCAAUACAAGCGCCUUCAUGUUUUCCGAUAAUUCAAGUUACAGGAAUUUCAUGGCAAAUGAGAUUCCGAGGGGGAAAGACAUCGCGGCUUCCUAUCUUUCCCAGCAACACAAUCAUCAGAGCGGCGGAAUGAUGCGGUUCCGCUCGGCUCCGAGCUCGUUCCUCGCCGCCAUGGUUGACCGCGCGGGGAAUUCUUCCUCCGUCAACGGCGGCGAUGGCAACUUCACGGCGAAUGAUGAGUCGGAUACCGUGUUCUCUUCGCUUAUGAAUGGUAACGGGUCCGGGUCGGUUCACAACGGCAACUCGGACUCGCGAUCGUUGCGGUUUAUGAAGCCGGGUAUUGCAGAGGAGAACCAGCGGCGGCGGCGGAGUUCCGGCGAUGGGAACGGGAACUGGGACGGAAAGCAGAUGGUUUAUGAAGCUCCGGGAAUGGAGAAGCAACAGCAGAUGAAAAAUGAGUCCAUUCUCGUCAGACAGCGAUGUUCGGAGGGUUUCUUCUCUGGAUUUGAGGCAAUGGGAGAAGUUGGAAACUACAGACACAGUAAUGGGGAAGGCAGCUGCUCAUCCACAAGUGGGUUCAGCAAUCACAUAAAGCACUCAUCAUCUGCUCAACAAUCUGCAGCUUCAAAUAACCACAUGCCCACCAUAGCAGAGAACGAAUCAUGGAAUGAAUCAUCACUGAACUGCUUAAAAAAAAGAACCCAAGAAGGUAACUUCAAGCUGCUCUCUGCUACUUCCAAUGGAAUGACAACUCAGAAUGAGGAACCAAGAACCUCUGCUCCCGGCUUGACACGCCAUCUGAGCAUGCCCAAAACCGCUGCUGAGAUGGUUGCCAUGGAGAAAUAUUUGCAGUUUCAACAACACACCAUCCUGUGUAAAAUCCGGGCUAAACGAGGCUGUGCCACUCACCCAAGAAGCAUAGCAGAGAGGAAUAGGCGAACUCGGAUCAGCGAAAGAAUGAAGAAACUGCAUGAACUGUUCCCAAACAUGGACAAGCAGACAAAUACAGCUGAUAUGUUAGAUUUGGCAGCUGAGCACAUUAAAGACCUUCAGAAGCAAGUCCAGACACUAACAGAUAAAAGGGCAAAAUGCACAUGUUCAAGAAAAGCUCAACCAUAGUCACAUGGCAGAUCAUGGCUUUCCUUUGUACAGAUAGCAGAAAUAGAUGAAGUAGAUAAUGGAAGGCUAAAAGAAGGAACAAUAAAACCUAACUAAGGUGUAGUUUUUAAUGUAUGCUAACUUUUUACAUAUAAUCUUGUAAAAGUCCUAUGUUUAUAUUUUAUAAGGCAACCCAACUGGUCCAAUAAUAUGGGUAUCAGGCUCACUUUUUUUGAGUACGUCUGGUUGGGAACUGAUCAUGGGAUUAGGCACGGGUGCUAGUAGUGGUCAAGUUCGUCAUCACUUCACUAGCCGUCACUCUCGCUGUGACAAGUAAUAAUUAAUUAAUAUAAACUACAUACUUCUUAUUACUAAA